GGGCUCGAAGCGGUGGAGGUUUUCUUCAGAUUGAUGGGUUCAGGUAUUCAGCCAAAUGAGUAUAGCUUCGUUGCGAUUCUGACCGCUUGUAUACGGCUCACUGAGUUGGAGCUAGGUUUGCAAGUCCAUGCUUUGGUGGCUAAAACGGGUUAUUUAGAAAGCGUUUUCGUUUCGAAUGCACUUAUGGGUAUGUACAAUAAAUGCGAGUGUCUGGAUUCCGUUCUUGAAUUGUUUGACGAAAUGCCUAAGAGAGACAUUGCUUCCUGGAAUACUGUAGUUUCGGGAUUGGUGAAGGCCCAAAUGUACGAGAGGGCAUUUGAAUCUAUUCGGCAAAUGGACCAAAUGGAUGGUUUUAGAGCUGAUUAUAUGACUCUUUCUGCGGUUUUGACUGCCUGUACUGAUGCUGGUAGUUUACUUAGAGGAAAAGAAAUUCAUGCUCAUGCCAUCAGAAUUGGUAUGGAGACUGACUUGAGUGUGAACAAUGCACUUAUCAAAUUUUAUAUAAAAUGUGGAACCAUAGAUGAUGUGGAGACCUUGUUUGAGAAGAUGGCCACGAGGGAUAUUAUCACUUGGACAGAGAUGAUUAGAGCCUAUGGGGAGUUUGGCUCGAUUGAUAUGGCUAUGGAUAUGUUUCAUACAAUGCCAGAGAAGGAUUCUGUUUCUUGCAACGCCCUUUUGGCAGGACUCCGUGAAAAUGGCAAAGCUUUUGAAGUGCUAGAUUUAUUUAUUAGUAUGGUGGAGGAGGGCUUGGAAUUGACUGACUACACCUUAACUACUGUUGCUAAGGCCUGUAGGUUGCUUGGGGCACGGAAACUUAGUGAGCAGUUGCAAGGGUUUAUUAUCAAGUUUGGUCUCCUGGCAAAUGCUCGUGUUGAAGCAGCUUUGCUUGAUAUGUGCACUCAUUGUGGGAGGAUGGUGGAUGCUGGAAAGAUGUUCAAACGGUGGCCUUUUGAGUGGGAUGGCUCUAUCAUAUGUACUUCGAUGAUAUGUGGGUAUGCAGGUAAUGGGCUGCCGGAUGAAGCAAUGUCACUAUUUUGCCGUUAUCGAGCAGAAGGGAGCAUAAUUCUUGAUGAAGCUGCAUCAACUUCAAUACUCGGUGUUUGUGGAACUCUAGGGUCUGAUAGGAUGGGUGAGCAAAUUCACUGUCAUGUUCUUAAAUCUGGAUUAUCUUCAGAUUUAGAGGUAGCAAAUGCGUUGAUCAGUAUGUACUUCAAGUGUUGGAAUAUGGAUUCUGCUAAAAAAGUCUUUAACAUUAUGCCUGCACAUGAUGUAGUUUCAUGGAAUGGCUUGAUUGCGGGGUUCAUCAUACAUAAGCGGGGAGAUGAUGCCCUCACAGUCUGGUCAAACUUACACAAAGCAGGCAUAAAGCCUGACAAGAUCAGCAUCCUUUUAGUUAUAUCAGCUUACAAAUAUACUAAACUUUGUUUAGUCGAUGAUUGUUGUAGAUUCUUUUCAUCCAUGCAAACAGAAUUUGAUAUAGAACCUUCACAGGAGCAUUAUGCAUCAUUUGUUGGUGUUUUAGGAAUCUGGGGAUUUUUUGAGCUUGCAGAGAAAACAAUCAGCAAUAUGGCUUUUGAACCAGAGGCUUCAGUCUGGCGAGCUUUGCUUGAUGGAUGUGGAAUCCAUUCCAAUGCAAUUCUUGGUAAAAGAGUUAUAAAGCAUUUACUUUCAAUGGAACCACAAGAUCCUUCCACCUAUGUGCUUGUUGCAAAUCUGUACUCUGCCUCUGGAAGAUGGCAUUGCUCUGAUACAGUGAGGAAAGAAAUGAGAGUCAAAGGGUUUCAGAAACAGCCUUCACGGAGUUGGGUCAUCCAUAAAAACGAGACAAUAUCAUUUUAUACAAGAGAUAAGUCCCAUUCCCAAACCAAGGACAUCUAUAGCGGGUUGGAAAUCCUAAUUUCAGAAUGCCAAAAAGCUGGGUAUGUGCCUGACACAAGUUUUGUUCUCCAUGAAGUUGGAGAACAGCAGAAAAAGGAUUUCUUGCUCUAUCACAGUGCAAAACUUGCUGCAGCAUUCGGGCUUUUGAUGAAUAGACCGGGAAAACCCAUCAAGAUUGUAAAGAACAUCAGCCUUUGUGAGGACUGCCAUCAGUUCUUGAAAUACACAUCAGCCAUCACAAAUAGACAAAUACUCUUGGCCUUGCGGGAUGCUUCGGGAUUUCACUACUUCUCAGGUGGGCACUGCUCGUGCGACGACCGAUGGUAAAGCUCGUGCAGGUUAUGCUCCCACGUCUUUUGCUCAAAGUGUGUGGUUGUCUUAAGUAUAUUUGCAUCAUAGAAUUUAUUUAAGCUUUUUGAAGAAAGAGUAGAAUGUACAAUUGAUUUAAUACCUCCCAAUAAAAGAAAGGGAUGGAAGACAGCAAAAAACAUCAGAUCAACUUUCAAGAAGGGAAGUCUUUUACA